AUGGAGUUUGCAUUAAAAAAUCCAGAAAUAAAUUCGUUUUUUCCUCAUAUGCUUCCUAUUGGGGAAAUUGAAAAAGAAAUAAUCGGUGAAGAAGUGCAAAAGCUAAGUGUUAUUCGCAAUUUAUCACAGUUACUGUCUACAGAUGAAGAAGGAUGUAUGUUAAGGGUUAUUCCAAAAAUUCAACAAGCUUUAAAUACAGCUACAACAGAAUUUCAUGUGGAAACGGCAAGAUCAUAUUUACAAAUAUUAGAAAGAAAAACAGUAUCUUCUAAUACUUUUGCCAAACAUUUUUUACCCUCUAUAAUUUACCAUGCAGAUAACAGAGAUCAAGUCGCAGCGAAUGCAUGGAUGGAAACACUUUUAUCAGCUACAGAAUUCCUACCUCUUGAUAUUGUUAAAAAUAAUAUUUUUAGUAUUGCAUUAAACAAAGGGCAAAUCUCUCAAAAUGUUAAUCACAGAAUUGCUGCGUGUAAACUUCUUGGAAAAAUUAGCUCUAGGAUUGAAACUCCUAUUAUUAAAAAAGAUAUUCUUCCAGUUGUACUUUCUCUGUGCCAAGAUGUAAAUGAAUCAGUUAGAGCAAGUAUAUGUUCUCAACUACAUAUCGUUGCCAAAAGUGUACCUGUAGAUAUGCUUAAAUCAGCUUUGAUACCUAUUUUAGUCGAAUUAGGAAGGGAUGAAACAGUACAAGUUCGAGUUGAAGCCAUUGAUACGAUAGUUAAAAUAAUUCCAAUAUUAAAUCCAGAAUUAAUUAAAACAUCAAUCAUUCCAUUAAUGAGAAAAAUAUUUGAACAAGCCAUUGUAUCUGUUGAUGACACUCUAGUUACCGUUGCUAAAAAUUAUGGCAGUCUUUGUUUAGGUUUGGAAGCUGUUUUAAACUCGUCUGAAAAAUUAUGGCUGGUUACUUAUUAUCAUAAUUUAUGUCACAUGGGAAUUCCCCUUCACGGAGCCAAAAAAGAUAAUUUUUUCCCUAGUCACGUCCUCGAUCGAAUUAAUUCAAGGUAUAUAGAAUGUCGUCAAUCUUGUGCUUAUAAUUUUCCCGCAAUGGUUAAAUUUUGUUCUUCAUCAUCCGAAUUAUUAGAAAAAAUAUAUCCAUGCCUUUGCGAUUUUUCAACAGAUCCUUUUUAUAUGGUUCGAAAAACAAUCGGUGCUGGAAUGCACGAGGUCGCUAGAAUUUUAGGUAAAAAUAACAGAGUUGUUAAAAAUCAAGUAAUGACGCUCCUUUGGGAUAACAUGGAAGAAGUAUUAAUGGGAAUCAUACCGAAUUUAGGGAAAACCAUCGAACAUUUAAUAGCAAGCGGGGUUUUAGGUCAAGAACAAGAUGCCGUUACUUUUGAACUUGGCAGGGGUCUUCUUCAGUGUGAUAAAACAAUUAGGGAUAAAACACAUAAUUGGAGGUUGUAUUCAAGUUUUAUUAAUCAGUUAGAAUCAAUCGUCAAAUGCUUGCCAAGUGAUUAUAUUUAUUCACAUUUUGUUACGCUCAUGUUUGAAAAAAUGCAUCGAGCCCGUCCAUUACCCUGUCGACUUGCAGCAACAAGAACAUUGUUAAUUUUUCUUCGUUACAAUUUGAAAACGAAUCAAAGACAAGAAAUAAGAUCACGGUUACAAUCGGAAUUUUGUCUAUCAUCUUCUUGUUAUAAAAGAAUGUUAUAUUUAAGAUUGUGCACCGUCGCGAGAGAAAUAUUUUCAAGGGAGUAUUUUAAGGAACACUUUUUUUUUCCACUUUUAAGUAGAUCAGAGGACAAAGUACCCAACAAUCGUUUAUUAUUGAUUCGACAGUUGCCAUCUUUAAAAGCAAUGAUUGUAAUGCCGACGGAAAAAAAAUAUCUUCAAACGUUAGAAACAUGCGUUCGCAGCAUGGCCGUUUCUGAAAAAGACAAAGAUGUGACCGCCGAGCUUAAAUUAUCAAUUCACCGUUUGGACAAGACUGAAACUUUGACGGAAGGGAGUACGAGUCAAAGUCAAGAAGAUGCUGAAAAUAAAAGAAGAUUUGAUGAAGAAAUGAGAGUGGCGAGUAGCAGUAAUCGACCCGGUGGUACUUUUCAAUAUACCACUCAAGAUUCUCGUCGUGCUCCUCGACCGGAAAAUUCUAAAUCGGCGCCUUCUCCAAAACCUGGAGAACCUGCAAAACCGUAUAGCGCUUCUUCAGUGAAUAGUUCUUCUUCUAACCAGGCAAAUAGUAGUCCUAGACCUGAUAGAGUUUCUUACACUUCAAAUAGCAAUCAAGUUUUGCCAUAUCAUUCGAGUAGCUCGCAAUCCGCCAAUUCAGGAUCUCAUCACGGAAAUGUUCAAACAAUCGAUAACACGACUAACAAUCUAAUAUCAAUAAGAAGUAGUUUUAUUUCUUCUAACAAAACUAACGUCAAUCAAUCGUGCACGUGUUAUUCGACGGCUUACACACGAUCACAAUCACUAAGAAAUUUAAAUCUUCUCGCAUUGGUCGAUUCGAAUUUUAUAUAUUCUCAAAAAAAAUUAUCCGAAGUCAUUCACGGAGGGUUGUGUCGAGAUCCCCGUUUGAAAUUGAUGAAAUCCUCGUCGAGGUACAAAAUGGAAAUCUCGUGGUUGAAUUUGGAAACGGAUUUAAAAAACGAACUUUACGCUCUCGUCAAAAAUCGUCAAAUUCAGGGCGACAGGAAUUACAAGGAGAAAAAUAAAUUUUUAACGGAUUUUCGUAAUUACAACGAAUCGAAUUUGAGUAAAUUUUUGUCUCUCGAGGAUCGAGAUUUUAAAGAAACUAUAUAUAACGUGACCGGGGUGGGAAUGUCUUCGUCGGAAAAAAACGAUGCGAAUUUUUUCGAAGAAAGACUUAAUUUUUUCGAAAGAAAAUUAAAAAUGGACGAUGAAAAAACAACUAACAAUACUAAAUUUGGAAAUUGUUCUUGCAUUCAUUCACUAACGACGACGAUGACGUCGACGACUAACCGUAAUAAUAAAUUUUUAGAAGUGGACGAAAUAAAAAAUUUAUCUUAUUUCAGCAAAAAUUUCGAAGAGGAUUUUUACAGGGAUGCAGGAGUGAAAGCGAAUGAAAUCAUCGGGAGAAAAAUGACGGGGAUUCCGAUUUAUGAAAAACCCGGGAUAUCGAGCCCGCAAUAUAAAAUGACGACGACGACGACGACGAUGCCGACGACGAUGGCCAAUAAACGUAAAACGUGGUUCGGAAAUGAAAACAUAUCCCCCGGUCCGGUCAAACUCGAAACCGUGACGGGAUACCCGAGUAAAAAUUUGGAGAGGAAAAAAUCGGACACGUUACCGUCGAGAGAAAGCAUAAACCUUCAAAAAUUAGGGAUAGGACCCAGGAGUAAAAGUUUCAUUCUUCCGAGCAGUUCGACGCAAGCGAAAGAUGAAAAAUCCCAAUUUUCAGAUUUUCACGGAGGAUUCAGACCCGAAGAAAACGGUUUAUCGAAAUGCGAUGUAAAUUCGUCGGACGAAAGGUUCGCGAAAGGUUUUCGAACGGAUUCCAAUCCGAAUCGUUUCGGUUUCCGGUUGCAAUCGCGAGAAGAAUCCGCGACGAAAACGGAUUCGAAAAUCGAGAGACCGACGAUAAAAACGAGGAUUCCCAUAAAUCAAAGGGGGGGAGGAUUGUGCGAAACGAAUCCGGGAGGUGGUAGUGGUGGUAGCAGGUCCGCGAGUCCGUCGAUCCCGACGAAAGAUAAAACGAGUGAAAAUGUUAAAAGUCAUACGGGAACCGGUUCGAAAAAAAUCCCGGUCGUCGUGUCGAGGAAAAGCAUGUUGAUACAAUCGAAUCCGAUUAAAAUCAAUCAAAUUAAAAACAAUCGAAGGAGUUUGGAUUCGUCGAAAAUAAGUUUGGUCAACGUGGAUAAGGGAAUGAAUUUGAAAAGGAAAAAUGAUAAAUUUUAUGGAAAAGAAAAAUCACAUGAAAAUGAUAAUCCGAUGGAAAAUCGUUCGGGUGUGAGAGAGGAGGAAAAAGGAGAUGGGGAAACGGCUAAUAAUAAUAAUAAUUCAGGGUUCAGUAAACUUCCAGUUCGGUGA